GUGGCCGGUCGUGCAGCCGCAGAUUGGAGGGACCGCUCGCGCCGGAGCCGUUGGGGGGAAGAGUGGGCGGACGAGGAGAGGCAACGCCAGCCGCCAUCUGCAUCACGGUCGGCGGCGCAGACAGAGAGGGCCGUCUAAAAUGCCGGCUUCCCGCGUUCUCCUGAGGUCGGCCCAGAUUACUCGAGUUUUUACUCGUUCUGCUUUCACUGCAAGGAAACCUGACUACACAAAUCCCAACUGGUUGCGUGUUGGUCUAGCAUUUGGAAGCACGAUAGCACUGUGGGUGAUGCUCUUCAACCAACAUGAACAUGAUGUCCAAGAAUACAAAGCACAUCAUGGAAUCAAGUAACUGACCAACUGCCGUUCUAUGCACAUACUUAGAAAUAAUUAAUUGAAGGAACACUGGCUUAGGAAGAUGCAUCAGGAAGAUGAAAACCAUUUGUCAAAUGAAAAGCUUGAAUUGACACCUCAAAUUACCUUUUACUUAUUCUUAAUAAACAGACUCAUUUUGGAAUAAGUGAAGAGAAAAAAAUCUGUCUGUGCCUCAUUCAGUGUCAGUCUUGUAAUAUUUUUGUGAAAAAUGUAAAAUGUACCAUCUGUUGUAAACUGAAAUGUUCCUGUGGUGAAUAAUAAAUGUAGUGGAAGGUC